UCCCCGAUUUUCCCAUUCCGUGGAAAGUCGUUUGGAGGCGGUCCCGUGACUCGUCGGGGCUCUUGCUCUCUUACCACAGCUUCUCUUUUUCCCCUUCCACCCCGCCAUUCUUCAGUUCCUUCCCCCAUCUCUCCCUCCCACUCCAUCACCGUCCUUCCCGGCCCUGUUAGCGCAGGCGGUGUCCUCUGGCUUCGUGCCUUCCGUCCGUCCUUUUUACGGCUUUGCGUCGUGCGACGACGUAGAGAGCUUCGUUCGGUGACGAUACAGCCAGAUGGCUUCAACCGUCAACUCCAUGCCGGCUGCCAGCAAUGCGUCUGGCAAUGCCGCAAAUUCGCAGAACCCCGGAACUCGGCCUUCUUUGAGAUCCAGUGCCAAUCCAAAAGCGUCGGAGGGGGGGCGGCGCCAGUCCGGCAGCCCUCUCGAGGGCGGGCAAAGGCGCAGCAAUUCCCAAAAGGCCUGGUCUCACGGCACAAACCCCAUUACCCAACGGGUCUCAUACGCACAGCAGAACGGCAACAUGUCCCACAAGCAAUCCGCCUCUCCUCGAGCUACGCCCAAGGAGUCAAACACCCCCGACAACCACGCACACGAUCGCCUCGUUUUCUUGCUUACUAGUUUUAUUGGCUUAACUGCUACUAUUACUACAAGAAAUGGGGAGAAAUUCACAGGAAUCUUUUCUUCCUCAUCGCUCGAACCUAGCGACUCCUCGUUCGUUCUUAAAAUGGUGCAACGGCCGCCCAAGGCGGAUCAGAACAAAGCAAACGGAGUGAGUGAGGCCUCGAGCCCAUUCAUGGGGUCGGCACCGGAUCAUAGCAUGUCCUUUGAUGUCAAGGACGUAGUCGACAUCUCAGUCCCGAACGUCACCACAGCCGACGUCACGGCCAAAGGCUCGAAUGGGACUCCUGUAGGGUUCAGAACAGAUACUGACAUUUCCGGAAACCUUGCCAUUCGUGAGCGGGCUUUGAAGCGAUGGGAGCCUGCGGCAGAUACAGAUGUCGACUUAUCUCUCGAAACCACGAACCACUCAGCUGGAUGGGACCAGUUUGAAGCCAAUGCCAGGCUUUUCGGUGCUACUAGCAGUUACGACGAGAACAUCUACACCACUCGGAUCGACAGAUCGGACCCUGCCUAUAAGCAGAAGGAAGCGGAUGCGGCUCGCAUUGCCCGGGAGAUCGAGGGCACUACCACAGACAAUGCACAUGUCCGAGAGGAACGAGGAUUGGUAUCUACGGAUGAUAUCGACGAGGAAGCUAAGUACAGCGGUGUCCGCCGUGAUGAGAAGAACUUCCCUCCGCUUGUCUCGGGGCAGCCGAACAAGUACACCCCGCCGGCGCGCCGGCAAAAUACCGCCCAAUCCGCCAUGGCCACAGGUGCCCCUGCAAGCUCUAUCAAGCAGACGCAGAGUGCACCCCAAGAGGUUGUUGCCGCAGGACCGCCGAAGGAGAAUGGACAGGUCCAGAAACCUGCAUUGUCCAAGACCCCUACUGGCGUCACAGGACCGGCUCCUGGAAAUGCCACCUCAAACGUGGAGGCCGAGGUGCUGGACUCCUUCCGUCAAUUCGCUCACAAUGAGAAGGCGAAGUUGCAAGAACGCCGUCGGAACCAGGCUUCGUAUGAUCGAACAAUCAAGUUGAACGAACUCAUGAGAUUCUCGAAGAACUUCAAACUGGCUACGCCCGUGCCUAAGGAUUUGGUGCCAAUUCUGGCCAAGGAUCCCCACAAGCAGGAGGAGAUCAUUCAACGAGCCCAACAACAUGCGGAGGAGAAGACCGUGCCCAAGGCAUCGGCGAGUGUUGAACAGAAACCCGCUGCUCGUGCAUCUGGAACUCCUCGCCAGGAAAGCGGGGCCAUGCCGCCUCCCGCGCAGUCGGACCGCUCGAAUUAUCCUCGGGGCCGCCAAAUGUUCCCUCCAUCCGCUCCGCAUGCCGGGCCUGGUGGGCGACCACCCCAGCAGAAUGUGCACCCGGGUCGCCAAGCUACUGGCAUGCUCGGUCACCGUUUAGCCGAUAACAUACAGCAGCGGAAGGGAGCUGCCGUGGGGGCUGUUCCAGCUCCCUUGCCUAUCCAUGAGGUUCGCAUCCCCCCAACCGGCCCAGCCGGCGAUCCGCCUGCUGUUACCAGCCCGAAUAAGUCACACACACCAACCUCGGCCGUGUCGACCAAGUUCAAUGUGAGGGCCUUGGAGUUCAAGCCGAACCCCGCCGCAAGCACCUUCACGCCCGGUGCUUCAUCCACCUCGUCGCCGUUCACCAGAGGACGCUCUGUCUCGCGGGCCACCAGCCCCUCGUUGUUCUUCGGUGCGAAGAAGCCAAGACCGAUUGCUGAAAGGCCAUCUCUCCACGAUCAGUUUAACCCUAUCAAACGACUGAAGAAAGAAAGCACGGAACAGGGUGACAAGGCUUACACAUUCAAUGGAGGCAUUCCUCCCGCUUAUAAGACCCCACCAACCUGGGAUGUCUCUGCCGCCAACGAGGAGAAGGACUAUUUGCAGAUGUUCAAAUCUCCCGCCUCCGUACCGGCUAUUUCCCCUCAAAGCCGCUCAGCAUCGAAUCCGCAAAUGCCCCACCCGCCGCAGAUGCCGUUCCAAUUCCCCCAGACGACUCCGGGCAUGCCCCCCACCACUGGCCCACCGCAUGGGCCUCAUCUGCACCCGCAACAGCAUCACAAUGCCGGUCCACCGCACUUCGACGAUCCUCACCGUAUGCAGAUGUCGGCUUCAACCUCGCAGAUGUUUCCAUCUCCCCGACUGCAGCAUGGCUACCCAUCCCCUAUGGCACCGCACGCACAGCUUGCGUUUGGGCAGGGCGUGCCACAGUUCUAUGUUAACCAGGGCGCCCCACAGCCGGCACAUAUGAGACACUACCCCGGCGGUCCCCAAUUUGUGAACCCACAAACGGGCAUGGGCGCUCCGAUGAUGGUUCAACAGCCUUCUAGCGGACCUUACAUGGGUGUUCCCCAGGGCGUAGCCCCUUAUACGCCCCAGAUGCAAAUGUAUUCCCCCAAUCCGAGCCACGCAUAUCCCCAGCAUGUGCCUCCGCCCCAGCCUCACAGUGGCUAUCCGAGUCCCAGUCGGGGUGCUCCCAUGAUGAUGCACCAGAACUCCCAGCCGGGCCAGCCCCCACAACCCGUCAUGUUCAUGUCCCCUGGACAGCAUGGGCAGCCCGUAUAUCCUGCUCAGCAGGCAGCACACAUGCCCCCCGUCCGGGGAAACUACCCUCAGCAGCAACCGCACUUCCAGUCCAGUCCCCACCAAGUGCACCAUUAUCCGCCCCAUCAGCAUAGAACACCGAGCAGCAGCUUUAAUCAGAUGCCUCAGAUGCCCCCUCAAAUGCCAGCUCAACCCGCGGGUGCUGUGACAUCUGGUUCUCAACCGCAAGAGGCUGCGGAUGAAGUGAAAUGAAACAUUCUCACCUGAGCAGCGUGAGACGCCAUAUCGCUGGCUAAGCGACCUGACCGAUACCGCCAUUCCAUCUCAUUGGGCAUUCA